CUUGUUAUUUCCGGCCGUGUCCGGCACAAUAACGCAGAGCCAGGUCCCGCCGCCGUCUCCAGUCUUGGAGACUUGUCUCGCAUUGGAUCGACCAUGCAGUUGUGUACUGCGCUGCUGCUGCUCGGGCUUGGAGUGGGCUCGUGUCAGGCAGAGUUCGCCCCACCCACAGUGAAUGUAAGCCUGGACGAUGAUCCAGAGGUGCGCUGGAACCCUCUGAUCAAAGUCUUUGACAUCGAUUUCCUGAAAAAAGCCGCUGCAGAGGUCAUUGACUCAACUGUUCCAAAAUGGGUGCACCAGGCAGUCAAACCUGUUGUGAUGGCACUGGAAAAGCACAUUCCCCAGCCUUACGCAGGGGAGAUCCGUGGCCUUGCAGCACACUUUGGAGGAAGUCUUUCAGAUGUUAUCAUUCUCAACUUUGCUUAUGAAGUUUCAGCAUUUUGCACCAGCAUCAUAGCUCAGGACAAAAAGGGACACCUGUACCAUGGCAGGAACCUUGAUUAUCCACAUCCAAUUUUGAGGAAUCUAACUAUCAACGUAGUUUUCCUCAAGAAUGGAGAGGUGGCCUAUCGUGGAACUUCUUUUGCUGGCUAUGUUGGCCUGUGGACGGGACAGAGUCCUAACAAGUUUACUGUUUCUGGUGACCAGCGAGGCAGUGAACACUGGUGGAACUGGUGGAAAAAUGUUGUGUCUGCUUUCAUCUUUCGGAGAUCCCCUGUCAGCUGGCUUGUGAGGGAGACACUAGAGAAGGCAGACAACUUUCAGGAUGCAGUGAUCCGUCUUUCCAAAAUCCCAAUCAUCACUGGGGUGUAUUACAUUGUGGGUGGUACGCAAGCAGGGGAAGGGGCUGUCAUUACCAGAGACCGGACAGGCCCUGCUGAUAUCUGGCCACUGGAUCCUGUGAAUGGAGAAUGGUACAGAGUGGAGACAAACUUUGACCACUGGCGUCCUCCCCCUGCAAGAGAUCAUCGAAGGGAAGCAGCCAGCAAAGCACUAAAUGCAACUGGCCAGGAGCACAUCAACAUGAAGACACUUUAUCAGGUUCUGUCGCUGUUUCCAGUGUGUAACGGAAUAACAAUUUACACAACAGUAAUGAGUGCAGCCUCUCCUGAGAAGUACCAUACACUUAUCAGACCAAAGGGCUGCAAACCAAACUGACAGCCAUAGAGCAGUCAACAACACAGAGGACUGUGGUAUCCUCGGGAAUCUGAACUUAAAGUCUUCACUAAUAUGCAGGUUUCAUGACCCUGUGGAGAGCCUAUAACUGAUGAAUAUGAGAGUUUUUUAAACAUUUUUAUGGUGAAGGUGUGCUUUUCUGCUUCUUAUAAGGUAAAAAUACUUUGUGAUCAUUAUGUACCUGCAGUUCAUAUCUUAAGCUUUCAAUUCUAUAUAGCACAAUGAGACUGACAGAAAUAAUUCAACAUCAUGUAGACAAACUAAGUUUGACAAAAAGAUGGAUUUUCUUUCAAUGAUGGUUUCAUCUUUUGUCAGCAUGUUACGCUCAGAUGUACGUCGCUUUGGAUAAAAGCUUCAGCUAAAUGAGAUUGUAACUUUUUAAUAUUGUAAAGCAUUCCAUAUAUCCCACUGUUUUAUAAUAAAGGUUCCCAAGUUAUACCUCCUAGAGUUUGACAGAGGCAGGCCAGGUAUAUAAUAGGAAACGUGGAACUGUAAUGGGGGAGGGACGCCUGUCCCAAAUAGUUUUUGUUUGCAGUGGACAAAGAGGAUCAAGUAGGCCAUCCAAUCAUUUUUCCGUUUAGACUGAAUGGUGUUCUUCAAUUGGACUGAUUAUAGUGCCACAACAACACAAUGUUUCAUUUACUGAUGUACCUUUGUUGCCUUCAGGUUGUCUAUAAUAAAAGCUGAUAAUAAACAGGCAUCAAAUAUUUCUAUCAAAAAGUCCCCCCUUUGAAAUGCCUUAUUAAUAAAAUAAACAAUACAUCAGGA